AUGGCGCGCACCCUUCGAUCUGCCCAGAAGCCCAUACCCACGAAUGGCAGCAUUCGUGCGGCAAAUGGUCACGCUAAUGGCACACCGAAAGAGCACUCCCAGCACACUGGCGGCGAGACCCUCGAUCGAUCACGUUGGAGAUUACGCGCAGAAGGUGGCCGUCAUACCUGGCACUAUCUAAAAUCCGAAAAGGACGUCCAAGAAUGGCCUCAGACAGUCGCCGACAAGUACUACCUAGGCCUUCCAACAAAUCUUCCUGACCUCCCUCCUGCUUCGAAGCCAUCCGAAUCCAUAGACAACUGCCUUACCUUCUACUCGAAACUCCAACUCCCCCCUGGCCACUGGGCUUGCGAAUAUGGUGGACCUCUCUUCCUUCUCCCCGGAAUUGUCAUUUGCUGGUACGUGACGGGCACUCCCAUACCGGCAGAAUACGAGGUUGAAAUCAGGAACUACCUGUUUGCGAGACAAAACAAAGACGGUGGAUGGGGGCUACAUGUCGAAGGACACAGCUCUGUAUUCGGGACAGCCAUGAAUUACACACUCCUACGGAUUCUUGGUGCCAGCGAGGAAGACCCUCGCCUGAUAAAGGCAAGAGGCAAACUUCACCAACUUGGCGGCGCCGUAAACGGUCCUCACUGGGCCAAGUUCUGGCUGAGCGUCCUGGGCAUAACGCAAUGGAGCAUUGUCAACCCAGUUCCCCCAGAGCUCUGGCUUUUGCCUGACUGGGUGCCGUUCGCGCCGUGGAGAUGGUGGAUUCACAUGCGUCAAGUGUUCCUGCCCAUGAGCUACAUCUGGUCAAAGCGAUACACCAUGCCUGAAAACGAUCUCAUUCGCUCUCUACGUCAAGAAGUCUUUACUCAACCGUACGAGACUAUCGACUUUGGCUCGCACCGAAACUCCAUUGCCCCAGAAGAUAACUAUCACCCCAAGUCUUGGCUACUCAAGCUCCUGAUGUCAAUUCUUGUAUGGAUAUGGAUACCCUUACUUCGCACAAAGAGUCUCAUUGACAAGGCUGAAUCCUGGGUAUGGAGGCUGGUCCAGUACGAAGACCACAACACUGAUUAUGCCGACCUUGCACCCGUCAAUGCUCCGAUGAAUACACUUGUAUGUUUCAUCUACGAGGGCCCCGAGAGCUACUCGUUCAAACGGCACCUUUACCGUCUUGAGGAGUAUCUUUGGGUCAACAAGGAGGGCAUGCUUGCAAAUGGCACCAACGGCGUUCAAGUGUGGGACACAUCCUUUACCAUCCAGGCAUGCGUUGAAGCUGGGCUUGCCCAAUCGCCCAAAUGGAAACCCAUGUUGACUAAAGCCCUCUCGUACCUCGAAUCAGAGCAAAUCCGUGAUGAGGUAAAGGAUCGGGAGAUCUGCUACCGUCAAUCACGAAAAGGCGCGUGGCCUUUCUCGACCAAACUCCAGGGCUACACCGUAUCAGACUGUACGAGCGAAGCCCUGCGUGUUGUUCUACUCUUGCAGAACGCACAUGGUUACAAGCCACUCCUGGAUGACAGACGGAUCAAGGACGCCGUUGAUGUGCUACUGACCAUGCAGAAUAAACACACCGGCGGCUUCGCGAGCUACGAGAUCCAACGCGGCAGCGAAUACAUGGAACUGCUCAACGCCGCGGAAGUCUUUGGUCGCAUCAUGGUCGAGUACGAUUACCCCGAGUGCACAACCGCCGUGGUAACGGUGCUGUCGCUGUUUCAGAAGUACUAUCCCGAAUAUCGAACCGAGGAGAUUCGCCGCAUCAAGGAGACAGCGUGCCAAUACAUCCGCCGGGCCCAGCGUGACGACGGCUCCUGGUACGGCAGCUGGGGCAUCUGCUUUACGUACGCAGCCAUGUUCGCGUUAGAGUCCCUGAGCUCCGUCGGCGAGCUCUACAGCAAUUCCGCGCGCGUCAAGAAGGCGUGCGAGUUCCUCCUUUCGCACCGCAUGGCCGACGGCGCCUGGGGCGAGAGCUACCGUGCAUCCGAGCUCAAGGUGUGGGUCGACCAUCCCGACAAGUCGCAGGUCGUGCAGACGUGCUGGGCCGUGAUCGCGCUGAUGUACGCCGGGUACCCUGACAAGGAGCCCAUCCGGCAGGCUCUCCGCGUGGUCGUGGGCCGCCAGCAGAGCAACGGCGAGUGGCUGCAGGAGAGUAUCGAGGGUGUGUUCAACUGCAGCUGCAUGAUCACCUAUCCCAAUUACAAGUUCUAUUUCCCUGUAAAGGCACUGGGGAUGUAUAAGGCUAGAUGGGGGGAUGAUUCCUUACUCUAA